AUGGCGCUCCCGUGCCCGUACGACUGUAACGCCGCACGGAAAAGCCAUGCUGUCAGAAGCGUGUGCUCUCUGCGCCAGUUCCAGUGCGCCAACGGCCGCUGCAUCCCGCACACGUGGAUGUGCGAAGGAGAAGACGACUGCGGAGACAACUCGGACGAGACGGCGCAGGAGUGUCACGACUGGAUCAUCGCAGGGCGGAAGCGGCCCUCGCAGAAGGUCCCUCUCAAGCCCUCUUUCCCGCAAGGCUCCGGCGACGACGGGUCCAUUCCGAACUCUCCGGUGACUCCGCCCACGAAGCACAUGGACGGGGAGCCCGAGAAGGGCAUCCACAAGAACGUGCUGAGCAACAGGGUGGGCCCCGCCGAAACGAAGGAUGUUGACGACGUAGACGCCGACGGAGAAGAUGAAGACGAAUAUGAAAGUGAGUGAGCCGACGCCCCCGGCGCCCGCUACCCGGUGCGGCGCCGUCCUGCGGUGAGUCGAAGAGGG